GGACAUGCAGGAUCUCCUUCCACCAGGAGUCUGCAAUCUCCUCAACCCUGCUGCCAUCUAUGCUAACAAUGAGAUCAGCCUGGGAGAUGUGGAGAUCUAUGGCUUUGACUACGAUUACACAUUAGCACAGUAUUCUAAUUUACUACACUCCAUGAUUUUCAACACUGCCAGAGACAUCCUAAUAGAACAAUUUAAGUAUCCAGAAGGGCUUGGGAAGUAUGACUACAUUCCAGGGUUUGCCAUACGAGGACUUCACUAUGAUGUACAAAAGAGUCUUCUCAUGAAGAUUGAUGCUUUCCAUUAUGUCCAACUGGGGACUGCAUAUAGAGGGCUGAAACCGGUGCCUGAUGAAGAGGUGAUUGAACUCUAUGGUGGUACACAGCACAUCCCCCUGUACCAGAUGAGUGACUUCUAUGGCAAGGGUCCAUCACUUAAGCAGUUUAUGGACAUUUUUUCUCUUCCUGAAAUGACACUGCUCUCUUCAGUCAUUGAUUACUUCAUCAAUCAUGGCAUUGAGUUUGACCAGGUGCAUCUCUACAAGGACAUAUCUGAUGCAAUUAGAGAUGUUCAUGUGAAAGGCGUGAUGUACAAAUGGAUUGAAAAAGAUAUGGAACAGUAUAUUCUGCACGGGGACGAAAUCUAUGCUGUGCUAAACCGCCUGGUGAACCACAAGAAGAAACUGUUUCUCAUCACAAACAGUCCCUUUAGCUUUGUGGACAAAGGAAUGAAACACAUGGUUGGCAAGAACUGGCGGGAUUUAUUCGACAUGGUCAUUGUGCAAGCGGACAAGCCCAACUUCUUCACUGACCGGCGCAAACCUUUUCGAAAACUGGAUGAUAAAGGCUCACUGCAGUGGGACAAAAUAAACCAGCUGGAGAAGGGAAAGAUUUAUAAAGAGGGCAACCUCUUUGAUUUCCUGAGGCUGACGGGCUGGCGUGGAUCCAAAGUGCUCUACUUUGGUGACCAUCUGUACAGUGACCUUGCGGACCUCAUGCUGCGUCAUGGCUGGAGGACUGGAGCCAUCGUUCCUGAACUGGAGACAGAGAUCAGGAUCAUAAACACGGAGCAGUACAUGCACUCCCUGACAUGGCAGCAGGCUCUGACAGGGCUGCUGGAGAGAAUGCAGAUGUAUCAGGAUGCAGAGUCAAAGCAAGUACUGCUGGAGUGGAUGAAGGAACGGCAGGAGAUCAGGUCUCUGACGAAGAACCUGUUCAACCCCCAGUUUGGAAGCAUCUUCCGCACCUUCCACAACCCCACGUACUUCUCCCGCCGGCUGGUGCGCUUCUCUGACAUCUACAUGGCUUCCAUCAGCUGCCUGCUCAACUACGAUGUGAAUUUCACCUUCUACCCCCGGCGCACCCCUCUGCAGCACGAGGCUCCGCUCUGGAUGGACCAGCUCUGCACCGGCUGCAUGAAAACGCCCUUCCUGGAGGAGAUGGUGCACAUCCGGUGAAGGGCAGGUACUGCAGCGCACAGCCGGGGCUGGAGGGGGCCGGGCUGCACGGCCGCAGCACCUCUGUCUACCACUAAAGGGCGUUCCACACUUGCGUAUGUGUAUAGAUGGUGUGUUUAUUCUCUCCCUUCACCGGCUCCAUCCCUUUCCAUGAAGUGCAUUGCAGGCUGGACAGAAGAUGGGUGCUUGUGCAGGGAGUCCUCUCGAGCAGUAGGUGAGAUGGAGCGGCCAGUGCUGGUGGUGGGACACUGCCACUCCUUGCUCUGUGCCCAGACAAAUGGCUCAGGCACAGAGCUCGACAUCUCCAGUGCUUGGUGAGAACAACCCAUGGCACGUGUGACAAGGUGGGUCAGGUCUAUAGCUGCCCCCACAGCCUGGGACUGCAGCAUGAGAGGGAGGGUCAGGGCUGCCAGCUGGGCACUCACUCAAGCCCAUCAGUGAGUGCAUCACAUGUCAAAGCAUCAGCAGCAUUACCUGACCAGCAGCCCUCAGCCCCAUCCUGCUUCCCACCAGACUGGCCUGUGCAGCUGGAGGCUCUGACAGGUCACUGGGCAGUGACCCCCUUGGGUGCGGGAGUAGGUCACAGGGUCUCAAAGUUACUGUUUGGGGACAUGGCUGGUUUUUGAGAAAGCUUAAGGCUGUACACUGUUGGUAUUUUUGGGUUCGGUGCCAUGUGACAUCAAUACUUUGGCAAUUGCUGUGGUGUGGUCUGUUGUGAGCUGCAGAGGGAUGUGCUCAGCCCUUCAGGGAAGAUGCAGGGCUGGCAGCAGAGGUGGUGACCUUCCAUCUGUGUUCACUGAGAUGUGGCCUAAGGUGGCUGGAGGGGCAGGUGAGAAUGUCUGGGGAGGGACCGAGUGUGAAGUGCUCUGGGGAGUGUGGCCAGGCAAAGUCCUGUGGUGCCACCUCAGCAGGAGGAAGAGCAAAGAGAUGCUAAUAGUGAUGCCAGAGUUUAUAGGAUGGGACAAGGGUAACAGAGGGCCCAGAAAGGUGAGCGCUGAUUUAGGAUGGGAGGUGCAAAAAGUCGGCUCUGCACCCGGCUCAGGGCCUUGCUGGUCCCGUCCCAGGGCCAUGCAGGGUGUUGGGGAGGGGUAGAGGGCAGGUGAGAUGGAGAGGGGUGUUGGGAGUUUGUGCCACUCUGAUACUGGUUGGCCCUAAGAGGCAGGAGAUGAUGCCCUCAGAAAGCUGGUUGUGUGUGGGUAGUGAUGGCUAUAUAGGAUGAAGGGGUGGUGAUUGUAUUGCCUUGGUCCUCCUUAUCCUCCCCUCCCUGCCACACCAUUUGCAGAUGGCAACGAGGGUACCAGUGCCCGCUUGAUCAAGGCAGUCAGUGUUGGGGUGACAGGGAGGAGAGAGGCAACAGAGAAAUGAGGGCCUGGCAGUGAGCAGGUACAGAGCUGGAUGAGUGACUGCAGAGUGGGUAAGGGCUGUGGGUUUGGAGGGAGCUGAGGAUGAGCACAGGGGUAGGCACCAAGACCUUGUGAGCAUGGGCUGUGGUGGUGGCUGUGAGGGCUGAGGGUGACAGUGUGGGGGCAGCCGAGGAAGAGGAACCAGGGUGGUGUGGAGGACCCUGUGCCAGGACCUGUGACUCAGAGAAAGGUGCUGAGUGUGUCAGUGAGUCACAUACACACACACAAUCUUCUCCUGCAUCUUCCUCCCCAGUGCUGUGCCAGGCUGGCCUGUCAGUCACUGCCUUUGUGUGUCACUGCCUUUGUGCCAUGUGGCAGCCUCUUGCACACUUUCAAGAUGCCUUGUGCUGGACUCAGUGGCUUGAACAAUCUGUUAACGUGGCUGCUCUAAUCAAACCCCUGUAGUAGGUGCAUGUGGCACUUGUCUUUGUGGUGUAUGUAGUGUGUAGCUCAAUAAACGUCUGCAGCAUGUGUAACUAAUUGACUAACCCGCUCUGUCUGCCCAGCGGGCUCCUCUGCCUGUCCUGGGGGCACGGCCGACGGCAGCCCGGGCCGAAGGCGGGGUGGGCAUCGCGCAGAGCAGGGCGAGGCGUUCAGCGGUAGUGCAGGCAGGGGGCACCCGGGAAAGGUGUGGGGCGAUGACUCGUACCUGACCGUGGGGCAGUGUGAGGGCACAGGAGCGAGGCCCGGGGCAUCUGCAUGUGAACACUGCGGGCCGUCCGUCCCUGGCAGCGGCGGAACUGGGCCCUGGCUGCUAGAGGCUUGGGCA